UAUUCAUACGCAUGCGCCUGAUAGUUGUCAGGAACCGAAGUAGAUGAACGACGGCUUUGCUUGUGUUGUCAUAGAUCGUACUUUCUCUAAUUAUAAAGCACGCGGAAACAUAAAUAUGGAACAGGUUAAGAUGGAACAAGAUACAGGAGAAAGUGAUAAAAGUUCGGAUGAAGAUACCGAAUCAUCUGGUUCGGAAGAAGAUAGCUCUGAAAUCGAUGAAGAAGAAUCAGAAAGACGGCGUGCUGAAUGUCUUGAAGACAUGGCAACAUUAGAACAUCAGUUUUCCGCUUUAAAAGAACGGUUAUAUGAGGAAAGGGUAAAACAAGUUGAUGAAAAACUAGAAGAAAUUCGUGCUGGUAAAGCACAGGAUUAUUGGCGUCCAUUAGCUCAGCUGGAGGAAAAUAUGACAAUACGAAUACAAGUAGCAGGUAUUUUGAAAGAACUUCGAUUACAGUCAAUUCAGUGUAAAUUCGAAAGUGAAGAGGUGGCUGCAAGACAGAACAUGGAAAGUGACAAAAUUAUAUUGUAUGAUACAGUAAAACAGGAACUGGAAGACAGAAUACGAAGAUUAGAAGAAGACCGACAUAAUAUUGAUAUUUCAUCAGAUUUGUGGAAUGAGAGUCAAAGCCUUCGGCGGGGCAAGAAGAAACAAGACCCACUGAACCCUGAGCGACGCCGGAAGCCUGUAACAGUAACAGGUCCAUACAUUGUUUAUAUGUUGCGAGAUGUUGAUAUUAUAGAAGACUGGACACAUAUAAAAAAGGCAUUAAAACAACAGAGCCAGAAAAGAAAAUCUGAGUUUUGACUCUUGUGAAUUCUUAGUGGAAAAUUUCCUGGAAUCCCUAAUCUGUGAUCUCCAUGAUGUUAGAUUUUGGAACUUUUGAGACUAUCAAAUAAUACUAUUCUCGCUACUUGGAAGACUUAACACCUCUUUCCUGGUAGAUAUAGUAUUUUAAUUCAUUCAUGGACAAAUCAUCUUCAUUGAAAUAUAUAUAUUUUAUUAUUAUGAAAUAUACCUCCCUAUCUCCUAUUGGUGUGUCACUGAUAGAUUGAUACUGAGAAAAAUGAAAGAAAAAGAAACAAUAACGUUGCUAUUGGUGAGCUUGAAGAAUGUUAGAACUGAAGGAGCCAGAGCAUUUUAGUUGAGUUGCUUUGGUUGUUAUAAUAGACAUGAAAAUAUUUCAUCUGCCAGUGGAAGAAGAAUUUGCCAGCAUUGGUACAAGCAUUUCAUUGAUUUUGGUGUUGGCCUCCUAUCUCUUCUACAAAUGCAUUGACGGCUUGAGGGCAAAUAAAACAAAAAUGCUCAAUGUGUUAUAUUUGUUCUGAGACUUUCACUUAUACGUAAAUGCAUUUUUUUUUUUUUAACUCCGUGUAACAUUAAAUCUUACUUUUUGAGUUGAUAUUAAAAAUAAUUCAAGAAUACUAACAGCAAUUUUAGAUGAAACAACUCAUUUGUUUUUAAUUUACAAAAUAGUUGGAAAUGAUCUGAAUAUGAACUGUUAUUUAUGGGCUUCAUUUUUUGCCAUAUUGGCUUUCGCCCUCCGUUGGGCUGUUGCAAACUCCGAGUAUUCAACAUACCCAUCGUUAUUUAGGUCAUCUUCUUUUAAUACCAUAUCAACAAUAUCUGAUAUCUCAGUAUCUGACAUUGUUCGAGCUGCUGCCUCAUUUGCAUCUUGAUGGUCUUCUGAAAGGGCAAGUCAAUAAAUUCGCAGAUUAAAGAUAAUUUUCUCAAAAGAUAUUUGAUAACAAAAUACAAUAUUAUUAUAAAUUAAUUGCAUAUAAUUUCAAUUUCCUACACUAAAUAAUUCAAUAUAGAUUUGGAAUUUAAGAAAAUAGUCUUUUUGGUAAUAUUCUGUAUAUCUUAUUUAAUGUGAAUAUACUGUAGAAAGCUACACAACUUCAGUAUUCAUCUCAAGAAAGCCUCCAGCGGUGCUGGACAAUUUUCGUUUGCUCUUGAUAUUCUUCUGGGCUUUUUAGUACAAUAUCUCUAUACAGGAUGUUUCCUUGAGAUGAAUAAUGCAGUUUUUUGCCUUUCUACAGCAUAUCCACAUUAAAUAAGAUUUUGAAAUAGCAUUGCUUCCAUAGCUAAAGACAGAGUCUUUUUGAUAUUUAAAAACAUUUCAUUUAAUUUCAACUGGACAUGAAUUCUUGAGGCAAAUUUAUUUCAUUUGCUUAACACAUUUCGAUUCAUUCCAACUACAUGUACUCCUGUAACAUUUUGCAAGGUCAGGUAUUCGACAUUAAUAAAUUAUUAAGAAGUAGUGAAAAUGCUAUUUUCUAAUUUUAUCAUACAAUGAUGACAUGUACCUACCAAGAAACCUAUUUCAGCUCUGUCUCAUAAAUAAAAAUAAUUAAAAACCAA